UUCCGCCCAGCGCAGACCAGCCCCGCCCACUGAGAGGCGCUUUGCUCCGCGUUUGCUCCUCAGCGCGGUGCUUGCAAACUUUGACCGCUGGCGCCGGGCAUAUACGCAUGCGCCGUGCUUUGAAUGGUGAGCGUUCUGAUUCUAGCUGCCAUAGCCGGAGGGCUAGUGAUCUUGCUAAUCGUGCGACUAUGGGCCGUGCUUCAGCCCCAUCACGUCGCUCCCCGAGAGUCUCUCGGACUCUUGAUCGUAGCUGGAUCCGGCGGACAUACCACUGAGAUCUUGAGGCUGGUUGGAAGCUUGUCCAGUGCCUACUCACCAAGGCAUUAUGUCAUUGCUGAGUCUGAUGAAAUGAGUGCCAAGAAAAUUCAUUCUCUUGAAGAACUCUCUCGAGCCCAGAAUGACUCUACUACUGAAUACCCCAAAUACCACCUUCACAGAAUUCCAAGAAGCCGGGAAGUUCGGCAGUCCUGGCUCUCCUCCGUGUUCACCACCUUGCACUCCAUGUGGUUUUCCUUUCCGCUGGUUCUCCGAAUAAAGCCAGAUUUGGUGCUGUGUAAUGGACCAGGAACAUGUGUUCCUAUCUGUGUGUCUGCCCUGCUCCUUGGGAUCCUUGGAAUAAAGAAAGUGAUCAUCAUCUACGUUGAGAGCAUCUGCCGAGUGGAGACUUUGUCCCUGUCUGGGAAGAUUCUGAGACACCUCUCCGAUUACUUCAUUGUUCAGUGGCCUGCUCUUAAGGAGAAGUACCCCAAGUCUGUGUACCUGGGGAGAAUUGUUUGACAAAUGGCAACCCUAAGUCUUGAGAACACGGCAAUUACCAAUAAUAUUUACUAUACUAUCUUUACUGUAAAGUUUUUCAAAUGCCCAAAGAAAUAUCAGUGGUAAAGAAUUUAAAAUGUACCAGUAACUCAAUGAAGAAAGACAAACUUUAACAUAUAAUCCCCACCAAAUAGCUAUGUGUGUACACGAAACCAUUUUUCUAAAUAAAAAUGUCUAUAACACU